AUGGCCACCAACGAAACAGUUCCACUCAACCUGGGAGCCGCCUCCGGCCAGCAAAAAGCCGGUCGAGCGUCUCCAGCACCCGCUGCCCAGUCGAAGCGCGACCGCAAGCGCCAGAUCCUCGCCGACAAGAUUAACAAUCUUCAGGAGAAGUUUCACCGUGAUCGUGAUCUUGGAUAUCGCGAUCAGCUCCAGAAGGUCCAGGCCGACACUCACUUGGUUCAGCGCAUCGACCCGUACUCGGAUGACGUUUUCACUGUUAUCGCCGGUCUGCGCCAGCAGCAUGACGAGACCCAGGGACCAGAGUCGCUCGCCGAUACGAACCGCACUCUCCUGCAAAUGGCCGGUCCGAAGUUCGAGGACUUCGUUCAGGGCAUCGAAGAUCUCAUAGAGUACCGAGACUUUCAUUUGCUGCAACACAUGCACGAGCACGAACGCCGCCUCCACCAAUACAAGAACGAAUGCCUCUACAAGGUCGAAACCGCUAAGCGCGAGCACGCCGCCCUUUCCGCUACACUUCGUGACCGUCUUGUCAAUACCCUUCUCUCGAGAAAAUACCGCCUCAACAAGGAGAAGGAGGCGUUGGAGAUCUCCGAUUCCUCCGCACUUCUGCUUCACCCCAACCAGUUCAGCAUCACCAACCCAGCCAGCCCGGGUGGCACGCAUGGAAAGCGAGCGACAAGAUUGCGCAAGGAUGCCGAGGAGCUUUCAGGCUAUUCGGACAACAAGAAGCGGAAGCGCAACCCCGGCGAAGACGACGGCUCCCCUGUACCGUCCAGGCGAGCGCUCGACCCGAACAGCACCACACCCCUUUGGCAGAACGAGAAGCUCCGCGUCGCCGCCAAGCAGAACGGUCCAGCAUACAGCAUCGACAAGCUCUUCACCGAGAAAGAGCUGACCAUGGCAUACAACGCUGCGGCCAUUGCCGCACACAAGCAUAUUCUGAGGCACAAGGCCUACGCAAACGGCGGUUCCUCUCCUGGCAGUGACUCCGGUCACGGCGAGGACGGCGAUCAGGACAGCGAGGCUUGGCCAGCGGCGCCGAUGAUGGAGCGUACAAGCUCUCAUGCUACUAGAAGUACAAGAGCUGGUAUCAACCAGAAUCUUAUUGACGCGGUCGAGGGGGCCAAUGGCUUGGAACUGCCCAAGUACCUCGAAAUCAUGCAUCCGCAUGAGCCUGCCAAGCUGCCGUCGUCGUCCAUGACCAACUACUUCAAGCCGGUGAGAGGAAACACCGACGCCAACCUACCGCAGUCGUUGUCGCAAGACGAGAUAAGCUCCGAUAUCAUGAUCAUGGACCUUUUCAAAAAGUACGACGCCAGUCACAAGCCCGGCGACUCGAUUGACCACCCCAACGGUAGCAGAAAGCUGCUUGAAGCUUCCAUUGCUCCUUAUACCAAGACGCCGUGGUCAGGCUUCAAGCCGGGUCCUCGACCGGACCCAACAAAUCUUACAGAAGAUCUUCAGCCAAUCGAGAGCAGCGUGAGAGAUGAGGUACCCAUGUCAUCAUCCUUGGCAGCCGUCGCGGCGGUCCCGAUGAGCCGCAACAGCAGCGCGGCAGGUGGUGCGGCCAUGAGCCGGCAGGGAAGCUCGCGCGGCAAGGGCCGAAAGAACCAGUCAUGA